UCUGUGUCAAACUGAAGCAUGAACAUGAAAGCGCCUUUAGUGAUUGCACAAACAUUAGCAAAAUAACAUUAAAAAAUUGAGAAUGCCUAGGUUUAAAUCUGUAAAAUCACUAAAACGAUGUUGUUACAGAAGAAUAGCACUAUCAUUCGACAAAUAUUGGCUGAAGGAAAUGGACCAGUCAUUUCACGAACUGCCAAGGUUGCUCUAUGUACUCGGACCUUUUGAAAAUUUGACAACAGAGAUGAUACAGUCUGUGCUAGAUGCUCUUAUUCAGGAAAAAUGUUUGAAACGUCAGCAUUUUAUGGCUCUGCUGCAACACAAUGUUACACAUCUAAAUCUCUCAACUGGUGGAUUAGCUGCUAAUAAUGAUUCAGUUGUGAAAGCUAUUACUAACAGGUGCCCAAAACUGGUGUCAUUGAGCUUAUCUGGUUUAAACAAUAUCAGUGCACGUGGACUUGCAGAUUUGACAGAACGCCUGACUGACUUGAGAAUUCUGGAUCUUGAGAAGACAAACUGCAAUGAUCAAGUAUUAUCCAUUAUAGGAAACAACUGCUUGGAAAUGUCACAGUUACUUUUGACACAGACGAAGGUUACAAACAGUGGUGCAUACAGUCUAUGUCAAGCAUUCAGUCCUGAAAAAGGUUGUAAAAAGUUGACAAAAUUAACGAUCUUUGGAACAAUGAUAAAUGAACAAGGUGCGCUGCAUUGCCUAAAGAAUCUUCCGAGAUUACAAUACUUUGGAUUUGACGAUGUCUGUGGAAUUAUUGAGCUUGAUGUUAAUGAGAAGUUGAAUAACAACCAAGAAAUACUACCAUACCAAUUGCGUAAUAUUAUUACUCACGGAAUCAGGUUGUCUUACUUAACAGAAGAAAGUGUUACAAAGUCAUGUCAGCUUUGUCUACAAGCAGUUGAAGCUCGAUUAUAUUACAAAAUAAGUGAUAGAAAUAUUCAGGCUGUGAAAAAUUUGAAACAUUUAACGCGUCUUGGUAUAGGCAAUAAUGACGGCUUGACAUUUGAAAAUGGCGUUUUACCUGUAUUAAAAGAAAUAGGUAAUCAGUUGUUUGAUUUAACUCUGGCAGAUGUGAAUGAUUUUGAUCUAUUAGCUGUUGGGUAUCAUUGUAGAAAUUUACAGAAGUUGACAGUUCUUCUUUCUGAGGAAAAUGAGCCGAACUCAUCAACAUUAUCUGGGGUACCAAUGACUGGCAGAGAUCAUCUCUUUAACAAAUUGCAAAAUUUAGAAAUGGCAUUUCCCAUGAAUGAGUCUUUGCUACAGAAGAGUGCUUUUGUAGUUCUGCUGAAAAAUGCUCGAAGUUUAAAACAGCUGACAAUGCAGUAUGUGUCCUGGAUUACAACGGAGCUAUUUUUAGAAAUUUUAGAUGUCAACCCGCUGGUGAUGAUGCAGGAGUUAAAGAUGAAAUUCUGUGAUAAUGUAGAAAUUGAGCCAAUACAGAAAUUAGUUUAUGGUUACAAUGAUUUGACAUUAAUGGAACUACACAAGUGUCAUAACAUUGGAAGGCAGGAGUGUGAAAUCUUACAGAAAUAUGCAAAAAAACAAAAUAUGGAUUUGGAGAUAAACUGGUCAUAAGAAAUUGUGAAGAAAGACAUGUUUGGCUUGACUAUUCAAAGAAUUGUGGGUCUAUCCUUCUUGCCUGCUUUUGCUUUUGCAAUAUUUAUCUGUAAAAAUACUUAUGGUGUGAAAGUUGAAGAUCCAGAAGAUCUACUUGAAUUUUGACUAAAUUUUUCGUGUUUGUGAAAAAUCCUUCAUUACAUGAUAUUGGGAUCUAACUUAACAAUUGUUGAAAAGUUGAAUUUAUUAUCUGUAAUACUUGUGUAGAAUUAAUUCAAAUUUUAGAUGUUUCAAAAAAACAUUGAGGUGUAUAAUAUUGUACAUUUAUUAUUAUACUAGAAAGAAAUAUGAGCAGUUACUACAACUGCCAGGUAUCUGGUAAAGACACAGAAAUUCAGAAUUUCAAUGGCUGUAGUAAAACCUUAAUUUUUUUAGUUGUUAAAAAAAAUCAAUGUGUGCUAAGUGCACUAAAUUGAAAAGUGAUUCUUUAAAAUCACAAGUUUCAGAUAUAUACCCCUGUUUCUUGUACUAUCAGGGUUUCUUUCAUUAUCUGGCCAUGGGCGAUGGAAUCUGUGCUUUGGGAUCUGAAAACAUAAUAUUAAUAGAUAUUAUCUACUAUAUAAGGCUGAUUUACCUACUAGUGUGUCAGUAUUCAAAUUAAAAUGCAACAAAGGAGAUAUUUUCUCUCAAAUUUUAUUUUUGGAAAAUCUAUAUAUGAAUUUUUAAGUAUCAGUAUCAGUAUAUAAAGAUUAAUAUUACUUUUAAGCAGCAUUUUAUAAAUAUAUAAAAAUAUUUUGCCCAAAAAACGGAGCAUUCUUAUAGUUUCAUAAACCAUUUAUAUAGAAUAGCUUUAAAUGAGAAAUAAUGAUUUUGAAAGAAAAGUCCCACAGCAUUUAGCUUUUCAUCGACUGUUUAUGUGGAGGUUAUUGCUCCACAGAGUGUCACUCUAUAAAGGUUUCACUGUUAUUCUAAUUUUAAGGUGAUACAUCUCAUUUUUAUUUGAAGCAUCGGAAGUUAAGAAUACAUGUAAAUUAAUUUUCAUUGAAAUUUACUUGUUUCAUUCAUGUUUCCUUAAGAUUUUCAUUGAAACAUUUUGAUAUUUGUCACAUAGAUUUUGUAAAAUUGUUUUAAAGUCUUUAAACAUUUAUAUAUUUUGUAUAUUAAAGAUAGGCAAAUAUUUUGUGUGUAUAUGCCUAGAUGAUAUUGUUAUUAGUUGUAUUGUAUAUAUUGAAAAAUUGCAUUAUUUAUUAUUUUAAUAUAAAAUAUUUUAUGAGUGAUCAAAAUACUGAUUUGAUACAAAUGAUGACUUUGAUAAUUGUAUGUGAUAUAUUUUAGCAUGUCUGAACAACCAGGGGUUCUGAGUGAACUCUUUGGAUAGGAUGUAUUCAUUUAGGAUACCUAAAGAACUUCAAUCAAAUCUACUUGUCAAAAUUAUGUAACAGUAACACUUGUGAUAUCCUUGUGUGAUUUUCAACACAAAAAAGAGUCCUAUGAGAACUUUUCAAGAGUUUUGGUAAAUCUUAAAUAAAAUAGGGGCCUAUGCUGGUUGGCAUUGACUGUUAUAAUUAAUAUUAGUUCAAACUGGAAAAAUUGUCGUCAAAAUCAAACUGGUAAAAAAAUGUCGUCAAAACUGGCGGCUGCAAAAAAGGUAUGGUAUGGUCAAACAUCUAGUUAUUUGUUUCCAUGUUUUGAUAAAAAAUAUAAUUUGAGUUACGCAAAUGUUGCGUUAAGAAAUGAUAAAUGUCAGCAUUAAAUGUAUAUUUUAGGCUUGUUAACACAAAUGUGAUUCUUUUUUACUGCUAACAGUUCUUAUUUCAGAUAUGUGAUAAAUAGAAUAUUAUUGUGUCGCCUUGAAAAGGUGACAUAUAGGGGUUACUUUGGCGGCGGCGUCGUUGUCGGCGUCGGCGUCCCCUAAAGCUUGUCCGGAGCAUAACUCAGUUACUAUAAGUCUGAUUGACUUCAAACUUGGUAUGCAUGCUUCUUUCAAUAACCCGAAGUGCAGUGCACAAGGACCGUUACUCUGCAGUUCUUAAUUUUUGAGUUAUUGCCCUUUGUUAAUUUUCAUACUUUAAUUUUGUCCGGGCCAUUUCUCUUCAACUAAAAAAGCUAUGGACUUGAAACUUCAUAGGAUGAUAGAUCUCAUUAAGAAGAAGUGCAGUGCACAAGAACAGGUACUCUGCACUUCCUAAUUUUUGAGUUAUUGCCCUUUGUUAAUUUUCAUACUUUAUUUUUGUCCGGGCCAUUUCUUCUAAUGUAUAAAAGCUAUAGACUUGAAACUUCAUAGGAUGAUAGAUCUCAUUAAGAAGAAGUGCAGUGCACAAGAACAGGUACUCUGCAUUUCUUAUUUUUUGAGUUAUUGCCCUUUGUUAAUUUUCAUACUUAAUUUUUGUCCAGGCCAUUUCUCCGAAAGUAUAAAAGUUAUGGACUUGAAACUUCAUAGGAUGAUAGAUCUCAUUAAGAAAAAGUGCAGUGCAUAAGAACUGAUACUCUGCAUUUCUUAUUUUUUGAGUUAUUGCCCUUUGUUGAUUUUCUUACUUUAUUUUUGUCCUGGUCAUUUCUCCUCAAGUAUGAAAGCUAUUGACUUGAAACAUCAUAGAAUGAUAGAUCUUAUUGAUAAGAAGUGCAGUGCACAGAAACUGCUGCUCUGCACUUAUUACUUUUUUAGUUAUUGCCCUUUGUUAUUUUUCCUAUUUCAUUUUUGUCCUGGCCAUUUCUCCUAAACUACAUUGUUCACAAGGCGACACAUCCAACUCGCGGAGUUCUAGUGUUUGUGUAGGUUUAUUACCAAAUUUGUUGAACUCAUGGAAUAGAUUGAUAUAACUUUAUUUAACUCGUCCAAUAAAUUAAUUAUUGAACUUGCACUCAUUCAAUAUCCUUUUACACUAAAUUUUGUGUAUAUCAAUCUGACUGUUUUACCUGAAAUCUUUUUAUCAAAGUGCUAUAUGUGUUGUUUUGUUGACGUUUUUUUUUUUUACAAAAAAAUCUUUGGAUUUAUUAUAUACUUUUCAUAUUUACUGAUGUAGAUAGGUAGGCGAGCAUUCCGUUGUAUGGUGAUACGAGGUUAAGCUAUAACCUGCUGGAAGUGAUAGUUAUUUAUCUUUUGCCAAUAGAAAAGAGCCAGGUGCACAUACAUACAGUCUGAACAGGCUCUAUACAGUUGUUGAUUUUUACAGUACUUAAUUUUUGUUUUGUUUUUCAUAUUGAAAAGUCCUGAUUUUCAUAUGGACUGUACAAAUUCAAAGCAGGGCAUAUCUAAUAUAAGAAUUCUGCAGGUCAAGAAAUAGAAAUCUGGGAUAUUAAUUCAUAUGAGCUGUGCCAUGACAAAACCAACAUAAUGCGUUUGCGACCAUCAUGGAUCCAGACCAGCCUGUGCAUCUGCUAAGUCUGAUCAGGAUCCAUGCUGUUGUUUACAAACCCUAUUUCAAGUAGAGAAACUGAUAGGGAACAACAUGGAUCCUGAUCAGACUGAGCAGAUGGUUUUUUUUGUUUUUUCAUGGCACAGCUCAAUUAUAUUCAAUUAAAUUCUACAGUUGCAUGAUUUUAAAUGCCUGCGUAUGACAUAUGGCAUUGUCCAUCUGUCCUUAGACAAAAGGCGGCGGGGGAUAUAGUAAUAUUCUCCGUCCGUCCGACCUUCCGUCCGACAUUUUUGUCCUUCCGUCUGACAUUUUUGUCCGGAGCAUAUCUCUAAAAGUAUUUGAGUUAUCAACUUGAAACUUCAUAGGUGGAUAGACCUCAUUGAGGAGGAGUGCAUUGCACAAGAAUGACAACUCUACCCUGCAUAUUUUUUGAGUUAUUGCCCUUUGUUAUUUUUCAAAAUUAAUUUUUGUCCAAAGCAUAACUCAAAAAGCCUUUGAGAUAUCAACAUGAAACUUCAUAGGAUCAUAGAUCUCACUCAGGAGGUGUGCAGUGCACAAGAACAUGAAGAAUGAUAACUCUACCUUUCAUAAUUUUUGAGUUAUUGCCCUUUGUUAUUUUUCAUACUUAAUUUUUCACCUAAGUGGAGCAUAACUCAAAAAGUGUUUGAGAUAUCAACUUGAAAUGUCAUAGGUGGAUAGAUCUUAUUGAGGAGGAAUGCUGUGCGCAAGAAUGAUAAAUCUUCCCUAUACAAUUUUUGAGUUUUUGCCCUUUGUUCUUUUUCAUGCUUUUUUGUCCGGAGCUUAUCUCAAAAAGUAUUUGAGGUAUCAACUUAAAACUUCAUAGGUGGAUAGAUCUCAUUGAGGAAGAGUGCAGUGCACAAGAAUGAUAACUCUUCCCUGCAUUAUUUUUGAGUUAUUGCCCUUUGUUAUUUUUCAAAAUUAAUUUUUGUCCAGAACAUAACUCAAAAAGCCUUUGAGAUAUCAACAUGAAAUUAAACUUCAUAGGUGCAUAGAUCUCACUCAGGAGGUGUGCAUUGCACAAGAAUGAUAACUCUACCUUUCAUAAUUUUUGAGUUAUUGCCCUUUGUUAUUUUUCAUACCUAAUUUUUCACUUAAGUGGAGCAUAACUCAAAAGUGUUUGAGAUGUCAACAUGAAAUGUCAUAGGUGGAUAAAUCUUAUUGAGGCACAAGA